CAAUAAUGUUGAAACUACUGGAGGAUGGGGCUCCCUUUAUUGUUGAUGCUGAAGGACAAACUGCUUUACAUCAGGCUGCAAGUGCAGGACAUGCUGAAACAGUGUCAGCUUUACUACAGGGGGGAUGCGACGUAGCAGUUCAAGAUUUUAGUGGGCACACAGCUCUGCAACGUGCAUCAGCUGAGGGUCACGUGGAUAUAAUUAAACAGCUGAUCAAGCAGGGCGCUAGUGUCGACCAUCAAGACGAAGUGCAUGGAAAUACAGCUCUGCACGAGGCAGCCUGGCGAGGGUACAGCCGGACCGUGGGACUGCUCUGCAAAAACAAAUCUAAUUUCUACAUUAAGAACAGGGGAGGGUUUGCCCCCCUCCACCUCUGCUGUCAGAACGGGCACAACGAGACAUGUCGGGUUCUACUCCUCCAGGGCUGCAAACCGGACAUCAAAAAUAAUUAUGGAGACACCCCCCUACACACUGCAGCAAGAUACGGGCACGCCGGAGUAAUACGCAUUCUGGUGAGCGGGAAAUGCAAUGCGUCGGAGCAAAACAAGAAUGGUGACACAGCCCUGCAUAUAGCUGCAGCUAUGGGUCGAAGAAAGCUGACCAAGAUUCUCAUAGAGUCUGGGUGUGAUAUACAGGCUAAAAAUAAACAGGGGGAGACAUCUUUAGAUAUAUCAAGGAACAUACAUCAAACAUCAAAUCCCAAGGCAUUGCGACACUUCAAAGCCAAAGCUGGGAGGGUACGAAGUAAGGAGGACCUACACUGGAGUCCGUAUGGUUGCCAUUAUCAACCAGAUAUGGAAGAAUUCCCAAUACCUAGGAUUGACAGUAUCCCUGAUGAUCCUCUCCGAGCCGGAGAACAAUAUUUCCUGGAUUUGGCGGGAAACAUUAAAAAAGGUCCAACAAGUAAAAGUUACGCUUGCUACUGUGGUCCAGCCUUCCAGAAGUUUGAAAAGAAACUAGAACGAGACAAGAGAGAGCUCUUGAAGCACAUCGACUCCAGCCAUUCUAAACUGGACAGUAAAAUCAGCCACCUGGAGAAGAAAACCAAGGAUCAAGUGUUUAAUCUAAACCAGAGCAUGAAGGAAAGUUUUGCUACGGAGAGAAGUGAGUGCAUGGAUAGGAUGGAUCGAAGAGCGCUCAGGGAAAGAAUUGCAAUAGAGAGACAGCAGGCGGUCAGAGAUAUUUCAUUAAAACGAGAUCUGGCGUCCUGGUUGGAUAAAAAGCUCCGUGAGAUUGAGACUAAGCAUGGAGCGGAUGGUAAAAACUCCGCGCUUCUGAGAACCAUGGCACUCCGUGCAGCUGGAAAACGUGCUAAAAACUCUGGAAUUACAGGGCUAGAUGUUGGAACCCUAAGACGAGCCAUGAGCGAGGAAUUAUUGUCAGAUGUUGGGCUAAACGAGGAUGCGAGGCCGGUGUUAAGAGAAGAGACAACCUCUGUAUACAAAGGUUUAAUCGUCUCAGAUACUCCGUCCAACAGGGUUCGGAGAAACAGCGCCGGCGACGAAUGUUUAGAUCCUGCUCCGUCCCCCCUACUCCGAGAACAUGAUGGAGAGCACGAAUUCAACCAGGAUAUCCUGGCUUACAGUACAAACAGUGAAUCUUAUCUGGAUACAAGUCAUUCUGAACGUGGUUCUUCCAUCACUAGUAGAGAGAGUAGGAGCAAACCUCAACAAAGACCGGAGAGUGUAGUUUCACCGUCCAGUGCCUCACAAAACAAAGGAAAGGGUUCAAAGAGUGACUUAAACCCCAGUGGUGGGACGGGAACUAAGAGAAACGGACUCAUUCGACCAAUUCCAAUGUGUUUCAGCAGUGAAAACAUUCACACACUCAUCCCUCCUAUUGAGGAGCUAAACCUAAACCAAACUAAUUAUAAAACGUCUCAGGAAGGGUUAAAUCUAUCGUUUAAAACUCAGAUGCCUCCAAUCCGCCGGUUUUCCACGGAGGCAGAUAUCCACCAUGCCACACCCCUGAUGUUGGAGCCGGAGCCGGAACCUUACGAGAAUGAGUUCCAACAGAGCUAUCUCCAACCUGAGCUAAACCUACCUCCAUACAGAGCACCGCCCACCCUCAACCCGGUUCCGCCCCACCUCUACCAUCCCAGGGACAGGUUAGGUCAGGGUCCCCUCCUGCCCCCUGUAGACGAGGAUGAGUAUAGUGGAGAGCAGGAUGAGGAGAAGGAACAGGAUUUACAUAGACAACUUCUCAACUUACCCCUUCACUCAGACGGAGGUUCUCAUGAUUCACACAAUGACUCCGGAUACUCAACAAGGUUCGGAGCAAGUGCUGGACCCUCCCCUAGCUUAUCAGGAUCAAGAGCAGGCAGCACAGAUGGAGAUGGAUUUCAUCUUCGGAAUCAGGAACUUGGUCUUCCGGUCACCCACCCCGGUCAUCCCGGUCAUCCUGGGCACCAGGGCAACCAAUCCACCCAUCCACAUUACCAUACUCAAUAUCCUGGUAACCAGGCUUACAAUCCUCCACCGCCUUACCACCCGCCCCACACCGGUUUCCCGCCUCACGCCGUAUUUCCCGUCAACGGACUACCGCCUCAUCUUAGCGGUGGACAGGGCGGUCAAGGCGGACAAGUUCCAGGACCUAGGAUUCGUGCACUUCAAAAUAAACUCAAGCUUACAGAUAUAAAUGAUGCAAAGGGCAGCCUUGUUUGAACAACAACAGCACCAACAAGUAAAACGGAAAUAAGUGUACAAAAUGUUACCGAAAAACUGAAAAAGUGAACAGACCCUUUGAAUACAAAAAUUUUUUCUCGAUAAAUGGACAAAAUGAAAAAUUAGGUGAUCUAGUCAAAUCCAGUUAAUUGUGAUAUAUAACACACUUAAUUUAUCUAAAUACAUAUUCAAGUUGUUAAA